CACCGACCCAUUUUCAGAAAGGAUUUGCGCCAAGUAUACAGAUUUGAAGGAUGUUGCAUGGACAUUAGCCGCUGUACUUUUGGUUGGUGAUCGCAUGAGCAUCUAUAAAUACCGUCUGGUUGGCCCAACUCAACAACUCAUCACGAGUCUUGUCGACAUGUAUGUCUUGCUCCUAUGUACAGUACACGUACGUCUGAGGUAAUUCGGGCAGCCCGUGGAGAAUGAGCUCACCGCCUAUCAUGCACGACAUGUAAAGUGUUGGGGGCCUCGCAAUGAAUCCGCCGUGGUGGACUUUAUCAUAGAAUAUUCAGCCUUGACAGGCUGACUGCUGACAGACAGACAGGGUUGUGUUGCCGCCCGGGUCUUACCGUGCGCUUCACUGACGUUUCACGUCAACUCUGGGGUAGUCGAGGGUAAUUUUAGUGCUCGUGAAGGAUCACCACCAUCAAAUUUUCUGAUCCAGCCUUGAACUUCAAUUGAAGCUGUCGGUGCAGGUGAUGCAGAUGCAAAAUGGGGUCGAUAUCGGCGACACAGACGGGCUUACUCGUGGCACCAUUUGAAAAUAGCAUCCUCCCGACUGGAUCAGUGCUCGUACCCGUUAUGUACCAAGAUAAAACCUACAAAUGCAAGAAGUCUGAGGGUCCAAAAGGCGGCUUCAGGGAGUUCCUAAGACAUGACCUUGAUGUCUCCCGGCUCACGGAUGUUGAACAACAUCUCUGGUGGGCUGGCAUGAGGAAGGCGGCCCGGCCUCUACACCGCCAAGUGAUGAUGGGCCGCGGUGUCGUUAUCACAGAACAAGCGGACCUUCACCUUACAUGGCGAGGCUCUCGGAUCUACAUAAAGCCUCUGCCUGGUUAUCUACUCGACGCGGAUUUCUGGGAUCGGAACAUAUGCCCGGACAGCGGUCUAUUUGAAAGCGCCAAGGGAUUCCUGCUUAGCUAUAUCUGGCUGGUGUUCAACGAGUCCGAUUUUCAGAUGGCGAUGGAUAACUCUGACCACCCACGCCUUUUACCCGAGGGGAUCACCUACCAAGAAUGGUGUAGUUUUAUUGUCGAUUUCAUGAAGGGAUAUGAUUUUGAAGACAUAGAGCAAAUCAAUCCACGUUAUCGGUUUGGGGAGUUGAGACUGAACCGACUGAACAGCAUAUACAGGAUAAAAUUCGGCACGCAGCAUUUGAUCCGGGGUUAUUUUUACGACUAUCACGAGUUUGGAACAUUCUUGGAGGAGAACUUCGCAUGGAUUCUUACGUUUUUUGGUUAUGUCGCCAUUGUUUUAACAGCCAUGCAGGUGGGACUUGCCACAAAGCAGCUCGUUGACAAUGACGCCUUCCACGACGCUUCCUAUGGAUUCACUGUCUUUUCCAUUGCUUCACCGUUGGUGGCAGUAGGAGUUAUAGGGCUCAUACUAUUUAUUACCGCUAUCGACAAUAUUAUCAAGGCUUCCAACCAUGAGCGAGACAACAUUAGGCCCGAGAAGCAGGCUACUAAUGAUUUGGGAGUGGCGCAACGCAGAGACAGUCUGGGAGUAUAAACUCCAAUUCAGAAUAUAUGAAUUUAAGUCAAAUAUAGGUUUAAAUUUACUACGCCCAACCAUGUCACAAAUAUCUCCAUAUGCGAUGUAAAACACAAGUUGUUAUUCUGGUGCUUUGUCUUGAAUAUGUGAGAACGCCAAGCGGAAGAGGUCUCAUCUAAUUUUAACCACUCCCUCGUGGCCCCGAGAAAAGAAAUGCCAAUAAAGAUAGUAAUAAACGCUCGCGGAUUUUUCUCCGCUUUAUCAGCCAGUUGCAGGAUCAUUGGUUGUGGUGUAACUAUAUGAGCUUCGGUUGGAG